AUGGUGCUUCGACGACAGUGUCAGGUUCAUCAGCAUGCUCGAAGUCUGCACCUAACUCCCUUUACUCUUGUACCUGUGGUGUGCAAUAUGGUCACAAAUGAGGGUAUCUUAACAUUCUGGAAGGGUGCAAUCGGGUCGUGCGUGGUUUGGGGGCUUUCGAACGUGACGGAAAUUGUCCUAGCGGAUCUUCUUGGCUUACCGAGACAUAUUGUUCCCAACGGCAGUACCGAAAAGUAUUGGAGACAUAUUUUAUUGAAGGCAAGCACAUUCUUCGCAAUGACUCCAUUCUUCAUCUCUGCUUUCACAGAAACAGUCAGAAGUGAGGCAGGCCUUGGUGGUGAAGGCCCUAAUGUAAUGGAGGUGCUCUUCAAGGGAGUCGAUAGACUAAGGUUCCCAAUUUUUGGCUCUCGUGAUCCGUCUCGUCGAUUUUCUGUAUUGCAUCUGGCAGUACCAACGGUGGCUUACCAUACCACCCACUACAUUAUACAAUCGAAGCUGCAUUACCAGUUCUUUAAAAUGGCUCGGAAAUACGUGAACAAGAAACCCGAAUCUGAACGAACUAAGUUCCAUCAGUAUGUGCCCCAAAUAUUUGCCCAAAUGUCUUCAACUAUCUUAACCGAUCUUAUUCUCUUUCCAUUUGAAACAAUAAUGCACAGGGAUGUAUAUCAAGGAACACGAACACUCAUCGAUAACCUUGAUACUGGUCUUUCUGCUAUUUCAAUAACUGCGAAGUAUAAUGGCUUUGGUGAUUGCUUACGGUCGGUACUGCAACACGAGGGAUUCUGGGCGCUAUACAGUGGCGUUGGAGCUUUGGCGUUAGAGUAUCUUCUCCACUCGUUGCUCCAUCAAGCUGUACGUGCCUGUUUCGAUAGAGGAUCAGAGGUGCUUCGUCGAGCAACUGAAAGCAAUCCGAAUAUCACGCCAGUACCUCCCGCUUAUGGAGGAGCAUUUUCUGGACCACUGAGAUCAUCAGGACCGCUUUCUGGUCCAUUCACUCAGCCUGCUUCGCCAGUGAUAAGUCCAAGAAAGCAGCCUUCAUCGUAUACGCCUCCACUUCGUGAUCCUACACAGUUUCCAACAUUUGGUGAAUCCAUCUCUCAAUUGGACUCGCCUCAUAAUGUUCCAACACCGCCAUUUCCUUUCCAGUCAGGUCGUCCCAACAUUUUUGGUAGUCCAUCAAGGUAA